CGUCCUCCUCCGCGCGCCGCCAUGCUGCUCCGCCGCCUUCUGCACUCCACACGCCACUUCCGGCACGGCCUCCGGACCGUAACUCCGGCCACCACCACCACCACCACCACCACUUCCUCCUCCUCCACCCCCCUUCCAUUUCGCUGCUUCCCGGACCUCCCCCUCUCUCGCGUCCUCUCCCCGCGGCUCCUCUCCACCUCCGGCCGCGACGACGACCGCAACAAGCCGUGGAGCUUCGAGGCGGACUCGGGCGAUCCGGACCCCUUCGCCAAUGAGGACGCCGCGGCCGCUGGCGCUGCCGAGGGGCCGCCGGUAGGACCCACGCGCGCCGCCGACAAGCUCUGGGCGACGGAGUUCGGCGGGGAGGACGGCGAGAACGGCGACGUGUUCGAGGGGAUCUACAAGGAGGCUGCUUCGGCGGCGCCCGGGCGCGGAGAGGCGGCUCCGGUCGGAAAUGACGAGCAGUGGACGCUGAGUGGGGACCACGAGGAUAAGGAUCCCUUUGCCGAGUCCGUGCUCGGGGAGGGGAUCGAGGGGAUUCAAGGCGAGUGUGAUGGGCUAGAUGACCUCGGUGCUGGGGAGGACCCCGAGGUUGAGCUGAAGCGGCAGCGGAACAAGGAGAGGGAGAAGGAGUUGAUGGAGAUACUCAAAGGUCCAAAUCGUGCUUUUGGUGAUCUCAUUGAGGCCUCUGGGAUCACAGAUGGAAUGAUUGAUAGUUUGAUCCUCUUAAAGGAUGUCAGAGACGUUCCAGGGUUGCCUCCCCUAAGAGAAAUAGAAGAUGAAGCUAUCCAGAAUAUGAGUGUAACAUCAAGCAGAGCUGAAGUUGAGCGCCAAAACCAAGAGGCCAUUGCUAAGGCACGAGUAAGACAGGUUGAUGAGAAAGGAAGAGCUUAUGGAACAGGGAAAAGGAAAUGCAGCAUUGCUCGUGUUUGGAUUAAGCCUGGUGAUGGUAAAUUCAUUGUCAAUGAAAAGGAGUUUGAUGCUUACUUCCCAAUCCUGGACCAUAGAGCUGAACUUCUUCGUCCAUUUAAUGUGACCGAUACUUUGGGGCGUUUGGAUGUGACCUGUACUGUGAAAGGUGGUGGCGUAUCAGGACAAGUUGGAGCUAUCCGCUUAGGGAUAAGCAGGGCCUUGGAGAAUUGGGAACCAGGAUGGCGUCCAUAUCUCAAAGCAGCUGGAUAUUUGACGAGAGAUUCACGUGUGGUCGAAAGGAAAAAGCCUGGAAAAGCGAAAGCAAGAAAGAGCUUCCAGUGGGUCAAGCGGUAACAGAGCUAUCUGCAUGGCUACGUAUUUUGUUGUGGCGGGUCUCUGCCCUUUGACUUUGAUGUGGGUUUUCUACUCAACACAGAUCACUUGAUCUGCUGUUAUUUUUUCCGAAGGUCCUGUCCUUUUCAGCUUCUCCAACCUGUGUCGAUACGAGGACCAUGCUACACUUUGGAUUCCGUUUCCGAAACGUUGUGACAGCAAAAUUGAUGUAGAAAAUACCAUUUGACCUAAUCAAGACCGAGAAGUUGCUUUGCAAUGAGCUGCCAAUAAAACAGGCUGUGCCAAUGAGACUACAUGUUCGUCUCAUCAGAAGGAAGACCCUUCUCGACCCUUAUGAUUUAAUGGCUGGGAAACGGGUUUCGGAUGCCAACUGAUGAUUAUGAUAAUUUGCUUCGUUAUUUUCUUC